AUGUCGGUGGAUGUAUACCGCGUCAAACAAGCACAACCACUCAUAGUAUCUGAACUUGGGAUGAACACGAGUAUGACGCACGGAAGUUUAGCAGCGUUUUGGGCACAGGUGCCGACCGCGACCGCUAGGAGGAAGGACCUUAAAAAUGUCUACCUGAAAGCUGCAACCAUAAUUAGUCAGCCGCAGUAUUUCAAGGGCUGGUCGGACCUAAACAACCGCGCCAUCGACACCUUCCCGAAACUUACCUACCCUCUACUCAUGCUGGCUGCAGAGGACCUAAAUUUUCGGUACAAUUUGCAGCAAGUGGACCUGUACGGCGAGGAGCACAACGGCUCCUUCGACGGGCUGGCCGGGAUGCUGCAACGUGGGCAGCUCGAGGUGGGCGUCACCUCCAUGUUCAUGCGCGCCGACCGGUGGAGCGUGCUGCACUACUGCUCCGAAACCGUGGAGCUCAGAGCAGCAGUUUUCGGCACGGUGCUUGGAGCUGUUAUCGUGCAGAACACGUUUGACAUGCUGCUCAGCGCCCAAGCGUUCCUAAUCACAGAUCCGUUGCUCUCCAACGCCAAAGCCAGCCGGGUUAGCACUAGCGCAACCGCAUUUAUUCGCAGGGGCGCAUUCCUGUUCCGGCAGCCGCCGCAGUCGGCUGUGUCGAACGUGUUCCUGCUGCCGUUCAGCCGCGGCGUGUGGGCUGCGACGCUGGCAGCGAGCGCCGCCGGUGGCGCCCUUCUAGCGCUGCUGGCCGCCGCGGCCAGGGCCACCCCCGCGUCGGACCCCGCGCUGCGCCGGCUGGCGUGGCCCGAUUGCUUCACCUUCGCCAUCGGCGCUAUGUGCCAACAGGGAUCGAAUCUGUCUCCACGCCUGUGGUCUCUGAGGUUGGUGAUGUUCUGCAUGUUGCUGUCAUCACUCUUCGUGUUCACUUCGUAUUCGGCCAAGGUGGUGGCCAUCCUGCAAUCGCCGAGCAACGCUCUGCAAACCAUCGACGACUUGACCAACUCUCCCAUGACCCUCGGUGUGCAGGAAACCACUUAUAAGAAAGUUUAUUUCGCUGAGAGCGAGGAGGCGGCCACGCGGCGACUGUACCGGAGGAAGCUGCUGCCUUUGGGCGAGCGCGCCUACCUGAGCGUGGCCGAAGGCGUGGCCCGGCUGCGCACCGGCCUCUUCGCCUUCCAGGUGGAGCAGAGUUCCGGCUACGACAUAAUAAGCAAGACGUUCACGGAGCCCGAGAAGUGCGGCCUGAAGGAGAUCCAGGCCUUUAAGCUGCCCAUGGUGGCGGUGCCCAUCCGGCGGCACUCGGGCUACAGGGACCUGUUGGCUUCUAGGCUGAGGUGGCAGCGGGAGGUGGGGCUGGUGUGCCGCGCGCGGCGCACGUGGCUGGCGGCGGCGCCGCGCUGCGAGGCGGGCAGCGCGGGCUUCGGCAGCGUGCGGCUGCGCGACGCGCUGCCCGCCGCGCACGCGUUGCUCGCGGGCGCCGCCGCCGCCGCCCUCGCCCUGCUGGCGGAGCUCGCGCUGGCAAGGCUCCGCUUC